AUGUUUGGCUGUCUGGUCGCCGGGCGGCUGGUGCAAACAGCUGCCCAGCAGGUAGCGGAAGACAAGUUUGUGUUCGACUUGCCCAACUACGAAAGCAUCAACCAUGUGGUGGUCUUCAUGCUGGGGACCGUGCCUUUUCCCGAGGGCAUGGGCGGGUCUGUCUACUUCUGCUUUCCCGAUGAGAACGGGGUGGCCGUGUGGCACCUACUGGGCUUUGUGACAAAUGAGAAACCGAGUGCCAUCUUCAAAAUUUCCAACCUAAAAUCUGGGGAGGGCAGCCACCAUCCCUUUGGAGCCAUGAAUAUUCCUCAGACACCAACGGUAGCCCAGAUCGGGAUUUCUGUGGAGCUGCUGGAAGUCUUGGCUCAGCAAACCCCCGUAGCUAGUGCUUCUGCAUCAUCAGUCAGUUCAUUCACCGAGUUUACACAAAAGAUGCUCGACAAUUUUUAUAACUUUGUUUCAUCAUUUGCCGUCACUCAGGCCCACAUGACUCCCAACCCCUCUGAAACUUUCAUUCCUGCCAGCGUAGUUCUGAAAUGGUACGAGAAUUUCCAAAGACGGCUAACUCAGAACCCUUUCUUUUGGAAAACAUAAUCCUAAAUCGAGUG